AUGGCCAUCCUUGCUGAGAAAUAUUUUUCUGCUAUAGUUUCUUGCCAAGUCCACAAAUCUGUGUCCGUUAUUAAGAACAAGUUGACAGAAGAGCAGAUGAGAAUGUUUAAAACAACGCCCUUUGGUCCACUGUUGGAUGUAGAUCUUGUAUUUAAUGGGCAACAUUUUCACCAUUUUCUGUUGAGGGAGGUAACAGAUGCGAACUUAGACGUUAUAUCAUUCAACAUACUAGGGAAGAAGGACCUAAAUGAUAAGGAUAGUUCUUGCAAGGAUGUGGAGAAUGCGUUUGAGAAGUCCACUUUUAUAAAUGAUGAAGAUGCCGUCAAGGUUGCAUUGACAUUAUUCAUCAAAAUGGUGAUGAUUGGAAAAGACAAAAAAAUUCAAUUUGAUGUGAAGACAUUUGGGGUUGUUAAUGACCCUGAAGUCUUUAGACAUUAUGACUGGUCAGCCAUCUUUUUCAAACGUACCUUGAAUAGCAUGAAGACUAUCAUGCACGGGAAGAAGGAGGCACAUGAGACAAAGAAAGUAGAAAAUGCUCAUUAUGCCUCAUAUUAUCGUAUAGAGGGGUUUGUACUUGCAUUCGAGCUAUGUUCUUUCAUUUCCAUUUCACUUUAG